AUGCAAAGACUUUCCCGCCAUCUUUUCAAGCCUUGUUCCACAACAAAUUCCUCAUCCUCGCUUCUCUCCGGCAAUAAGAGAGCAGCCUCUCUUCUCUUGAAGAAUUUUAUCUACAUCAAUACACAAGCACAACAGCAACAACAACAACGCUUCUUCUCAUCAAGUAUAUUGUCUAGAAAUAAUGUUAGUAGUGUUGUGCCUCCUCCUCUAACAACAGAAGUUGCUACCGCUGCUGCUAAUACCACUACUUCUCAAACAUUGAAUACAACAACAACAUCAACAGUCGAUGCUGCUUCUGUUGCUGCUACUACUACACAAAAGAAGGCUUUUGAUGAACCACUUCACGGACAACAAAGUUUUGAUUUGGAUGAUUUUGAAGAUGACGUUGCUGGACAACAAUUGGAAGCUGCAGAAAAUAUGAGUGAAAUGUUUUCAUCAAUUACCGAUUAUUUGAAUCCUUCUAAACUUCUUGAAGCUUGUAUUAUUGCUCUUCAUGAUGCUGGUUUGCCAUGGUGGGGAAGUAUUGCCACUGUUGGUUUUGCUCUUCGUCUUGUCAUGUCUCCUCUUAACGUUAUGAGUAUGAGAUCAAGUACUAUUAUGAGCAAGUUGGGAACAUCUUUAACAAAUUUGAAAAAGGACCAAGUUGACCCAAAGAAAUCACCAACUGAAAGAGAACAUGCCAGAAAGACUUAUGAAGAAAUUACAAAGAAGGAAGGUUUCAAAAUGUCUCACAUGUUUUUACCAUUAUUACAAUCACCUAUUUUUAUUGCCUUCUUCUUCUGUAUCAAUAGAAUGGUUAGAGAAAUUGAAGGUUUACAAUGGGGAGGUAUGCUUUGGUUCAAUGACUUGACUGUCAAAGAUCCAACCUAUGUUCUUCCAAUUAUUUCAGCUUCAUGUUUUAUGGCUGUUUUCCUUGUCAAUACAUUCCUUAGAAGUUCAGGAUCGGGAAGAAUUCAAUCUCUGAUUGCUGUUGGUAUGGGUGUUUUCUCAUUUGCAUUGGUUCCAUUCACUGGCAGACUUCCAGCUGCUCUUUUCAUGUAUUGGAUUCCAUCUAACUUUUUCCAAAUUCUCUUCUAUUUGCUCAUGUCUAGAAAGCCAGUAAAGGCCUUCUUUAAGAUUCCAGAAGUUGAUCCAACAAAAGGAAGUAAGGGAGCUAUGGGUAAGGCUGAAAAGGUUUUGGAAAAGUUCUUCCCAUCGAAAUCAAAGACUCCUUCUAUUACCCAAACUAAACUUUUGACAAGACAAGCCCUCGAUCAAACCAAACGUAAGAAUUAA